AUGCGUACGGGGCUGCCCCGGUGGGCGGUCGUCGCCGUCGUCGCCGCGCUCCUGCUGGCGUGCGCGUUGCGGCGGCGCCCGCCGACGGAGCUGCGCCGGUCCGUCGGCGACGCGCUGCCGGGCGCGCGCGUCUCGCCGACGACCCUCGUGACGGGCCCGCGCACCUUCCACCGCUUCUUCGACUCGAGCCCCUUCUCGCCGAGCGGCCGCUACCUCGCGGCGCUGCGGGCGCCCCGCGAGGGCCCGGCGGACGUCGCGCCGGGCGAGACCGCGGUCGUCGUCGUCGUCGACCUCGAGGCGCCCGGCGGCCCGCGGGUCGUCCGCGAGCGGCCCACGCGCGCCUGGGACGGCCAGCUCGGCGCCCAGGUCCAGUGGGGCGCGAGCGACGACGUCGUGUACUGCAACGACCUCGACCGCGACGGCGCCGUCGCCGGCGUCGCCUACCGCUGGCGCGAACGCGCGUCGGAGCCGCUCCCCGCGCCGGUGUACCACGUGUCGCGCGACGGCGCCUGGGCCGCGAGCCCCGCGGACCUCGGCGCCCUGCGCCUCACGCAGCCGGGCUACGGCGUCGUGCCGACGCCCGCCGCCGCGGCGGCCGCGCGGCGCCGCUUCCGCCGCGGCGGCGGGCCCGACGACGGCGUCGUCGUCCUGGACCUCCGGCGCCGCCGGACGACCCUCAUCCCGCUCCGGUCGCUCGUCGCCGCGCUGGGCCGGCCCGCCAGAGCCUGCGCGACGCACCUCUUCCACGUCAAGUGGAACGCGAACGCGACGCGCCUCAUGGCCGUGCUCCGCGACCGGGGCGCCGGCUGCGCGGCGGCGAACCACGUCGUCACGAUCGGCCGCGACGGCGGCGACGCGCGGCGCGUCGCGACCUGGCGCGCGCGCGGCAACCACCCGAACUGGCUCGACGACGGCCGCGUGUCCAUGAACCGGCGGGGCGCGAUCCGUUUGUGCGCCGACGCGGAGAACGCGCCCUGCGAAACCGUCGGCGCCCGCGCGUCGGGCCACCCCGUCGCGGCGCCGCACGCGCCGGGCUUCCUCGUCGCGGACACCUACGCGAAGGAGCACGCGGCGUUCGGGCUGCCCCCGGGCGUCGCCGCGCUCCGCCUCGUCGACGCGUCCACCGGCGCCGAGGUGUCCCUCGGGUCGUUCCCCGCCGCGGACCCGCGGCGGAAACCCGACGUCUGGCGCUGCGACCUCCACCCGAGCUUCGACCGCGCUGGCCGGAAAAUUGCGUUCAACUCUUGCAGCAUGCCGGCGAACGGCCGGCCGGCGUUCCGCCCGUCGGGCGAGUCGCGGCAGCACACGGCCGCCGCCGGGGCCGCGGGCGAGACCUUCGCGCGGCUGCCGGCGCGGCGCGACGGCCGCAACAGCGUCUGGAACCUGGCGCCGGGCGACGUCGGCCAGGCCGACGCCGACGCGCGCACGUUCCUCCACCUCGCCAGGCCCAAGCCCGCGCCGCGCGCGCCGCGGACGCUGGCCCAGGCCAAACUCGACCGGGCCAUCGCGGACCAGAUCGCCGAGGCCGCCGCGGCGCCCGUCGUGAGUUUGAAGAGCAUGUGCGGCGUGCGGCCGAGCCCCUACGCCCUCGAGCGGUCCCUGAGCCGCGCGGGCGGCGGGGCGCGGCGCUGGAGCGGCCGCGACGACGACUGGAGCGAGGAGGAGCCGCGGAGCCCCGCGUCGGCCGCGUCGAGCGGCGGGACGGCGCGGAGGCGGCCGAGCGUCGCGCGGGGCAAGGCCGCCGAGGAGGCGGCGCGGGAGGCGCGGGCGUCGGCCCUGGCGCGCCUCGUCGUCGUGGACAAAGGCGGCAAGGCCUGGCGCAACUGCGAGCUCGGCGGCGCGGGCUUGCCUCUCACGUACGACGACGGGCCGCGGCUCGCGUGCGUCGCGUUCCACGACGCCCGGGGCUGGGCCCUCGUCGCCAUCCCCGACGACGUCGUCGUCCAGGGCCAGGUCGGCGACGGCGGCCGGCCGCGCCUCGCCCUCGCGCGGCUCGAGGACGCGGACGCGUCCGGCGGCCGCCUCGCGGUCGCGGACGACGGCUUCGACGGCCUGCUCCCGCUCCGCUACGGCGACGGCAGCUUCUUGAAGCACGCGACGUCCCUCACGGCCGUCGACGCGUCGACGCUCGCCGUCCUCGUGAAGAGCCACGCGACGGGGUCCGGCGCGCGCCAGUUCGACGCCGUCUACCACGUCGACGGCCGGACGGGCCUCUGCCGCCUCGCCGUCGACACGAACCGCGGCGACGUCGUCGCCGUCGCCGCGCCGCCGCCGGGCGCGCUCCAGGCCGCGAGCCUCGCCGGGUCGUCCUGCGCGCACGCCUGGCGCGACGUCCGCUUCGUCGCGUGGUGCCGCGACGCGGGCGUCGGCCUCGUCCGCGGCGCGGCCGACGGCGGCGCGCCGCGGCGCCUCGUCUUCGUGCCCCUGGGCAAGCGGCCCACGGGCGACACGAAGUGGCUCGUCGUCGGCGGCGGGCGCCGCGAGCCGCCGUCGAUCCUCGUGGGCGUCGAGAGCGACGUCUACGCGGCGUCGUUCGCCGACCGCAUGCUCCUCAAGGUCGGCGCGUGCCCCGUGCCGUCGCCCUGCGCCGCCGCCGUCGCGCCCCACGGCCUCUUGGACGACCCGGAGGACGACGGCGGCGACGCGGCCGCCGCGCGGCCCGCGCGCUACGCGCCGCGGCGCGUCUUCGAGGACGCGCUCGACGACGACGACGACGACGACGCGCCGACGCGCGAGGCCGAGGCCGCCGACGAGCCGCCGCCGCCGCCGGAGGAGGCGGAGGAGGAGGAGCCCCGGGUCCCGCGCGUGCGGCGGCCCCACGACUACCAGCCCAUCACGCCCUACAUGCUGGGAAACUUCCCCAUGCCGGACGACGACGCCGACGCCUACGCCGACGGCGCCGCGCCGCCCGACGACGACGACGACGACGAGGAGCGGCCGCGCGCGCCGCUGGACGUGCCGGUCCUCGAGGACGUCGGCGAGCACGCGUCGCUGUCGCCGCGGCGCCUCUCGGAGACGCCCGCGAGGGCCGUGGCCUUCGCGGACGGCGGCGCGUCGUCGCUCCGGGCGUUGACGGAGCUCGCGGACGCGCCGCUCCCCGGCGGCGACGACGACGACGGCGCCCUCGCGGAGGAGGCGGCGGUGCUCGCCCUCGAGGACCGGCCGCGCGCGCCGUCCGAGUCGCAGCUCGCGCUCGUCGCGAGCCGCCGCGCCUCGGGCUACCCGGCGGGCGACGACGACCCCGUCGCGCGGACGUCCCAGCUCCUCGUCGUCGGCGUCGACGGGUCCGUGCGCCAGGCGGCCUGGGACUUUAGCGGCUUCCUGCGGCUGCCGCGGCUCGCCGCGAGCGACCUGGGCCCCGCGGACGGCCGCCACAACGACACGCACCGCGUCGACGGCCUCGCCAAGGCCCAGUCGGGCCUGCUCGUCGCGCUGGACGCGCGGCGCGCCACGCUGGGGUCCGUCGUCGUCCACGCCGACGGCUACGAGAUCGCGCCGCUGACGCCGGGGCCCCUGAAGCUCAAGGGCGCGCCGGCGUCCGCGGUGCGCCUCGCGUCGCCGUGCUUCACGAAGCGGCUCCCCGGCGGCGCCGAGACGCUCUGCUGCGUCCUCAAGUACUCCAAGGCGCUGGAGCGGGCCACGGGCGUCGUCGACAACGACGCCAUCGUCACCGUGGACACGGAGGCGGGCGCGCUCGAGAUCAUCUACGUGACGUCGCGGCGGGACGUCGUCGGCCUGUCGUCCGCGCCGCUGCCCGACGACGUCGAGGACGAGCCGCGCGCGCCGGCGCCCGGGGGCGCCCAGCGCCUCGACCGCAAGGUCCGCGUCGCGGCGCCGAACUUCGGCUACUGGUCCACGAGCGACGGCCUCUGCGCCGUCUGGCUCGACAGCCUCCGGGGCCCCGCGACGGAGCGCACGGUGUCCAAGCCCAAGAACGGCGACGCCGACUCCCUCGUGCCCUUCACGGCGGGGCCCCUGCUGCCCGCGGAGGAGGGCGUCGCCCUCGGCGCGCGGCGCAGGAGCACGAAGGCGGGGCCGACGACGACGACGACGCUCGCGCGCUACGGCCGCGGCUCCGAGACCGGCUUCGAGCCGCUGCCGGCGUCGCUCCAGGAGAUCCGCGACGGCAAGGUGCGCCGCCCGCCCACGCAGAUCCUCGCGGGCUGGAGGCACCCGGACCACGAGGACCACCCGUGCGAGUGCCUCGCCUACUCGCCGCGCGGCGAGCUCUUCGGGGGAGGGACCUCCCUCUGGGCCAUCCACGACGACGGCAGCCGCGCCACGGCCCUCGACCUGCCCGUCGCCGCCGUCGCCGUCGCCUGGGGCGGCCUCCUGUGA